AUGUCACAUGGUGCAACAAUUCCAACCAUCAAACAGGAAGAGAUUCCUCUAGGCAUCUCGAAAUCUUCCGCCGGUACCUCCACAAUGUCAACAUCCCAUGGAACAAUGAUUCAUCACGGUACCCAUCGCUAUGCGUAUUCUGGCAAGCAACCCCAAGCUCGCUCCAGAGGCCGAACUCGUCGUCGUGCGAGAUCGUUGCCAAAUGCUGGCCUGGGCCCUCGCCUAGAUCCACGAAGCGCCGACACAAAUGACUCUCAAACCAGUGGCUCUCUUGAGGAAAUGGCUGGCUAUCAAAGCCUUUUGCAGGGCAAAACCCACGAUCUCUCUGACGAAUAUGACUUCAAUGCAAGUCUGGAUAAUCGACAGGUCUUCCAAUAUCUCAAAAACAUUCCAUUCUUCUCGAAUGAUGUACGCAAAACACUGAAGAGACGGGGAAUGCAAGCUCUUGGGUCGUCUGAUCUAGUGGCAUUUCCACAUUUUGGUCUGCUGGGCGUACGAAAAAAUACUGCCACCCGUCAGGCUGAACGUCCAUGUCCUCCACACAAUCCGGAUGAAGACUUGAUCUUUUUCAAUACAAAUGCACCCUGGUCAGCAUUCAUCUGUGGCUCCCAGGGCUCUGGCAAAAGUCACACCCUCGCAUGCUUUCUGGAAAAUUCACUCCUGAAGUCUUCUCCAGCGGGAAGAAAUCCCACACCGCUAGCAGGUGUGGUCUUUCACUAUGACCGCUUUACAAGCUCUUCCACAACGCAACUCUGUCGAGCUGCCUAUCUCUGUGCAUUAGGUGUCCCAGUUCGCGUGUUGGUUUCGCCCAGCCAUUUGACUGAGAUGGAGAAGUUGUAUCAAGGGCUGCCAGGACUUGCAGAGAACGGGAUGAAACCAGAAGUUCUACCUCUGUAUAUGAAAGAGUCCCACUUGACAGUCGCUAGUAUCAUGUCGUUCAUGACAAUGGAUGGUAUCGACAAGAUCCCGCUCUGCAUGGAAGUCUUGUGCAAGACUCUACGCGAUAUAGCUCGCGAGAAGGGUCCAGGCGCUGGCCUCGAUUACCUUGAUUUCACCGCACGCUUGGAAAGAAAAGGCUUUUUUCGGAUGGACGCAGGCGUGGUUAGCCUCCGGCUGCAGCUUAUUGAAACAUUCCUCGCUGGAAGAGAUCAAAGCGCGGACGCCAACGACGUUUUGGACACCAUGUUCACUCCUGCCCCAGGAACUUUGACGAUCGUGGAUCUCACCUGCCCGUUCAUCAAUGAAGGAGACGCUUGUGCUUUGUUUGCACAAUGUCUGUCCUUGUUCAUGGAGAAGAGAGGCGAAUGUGGCAGAAUCGUGGCCCUGGAUCAGGCUGACCGAUACCUUACUCAGAGCGGCGAAGCCGAGAGACUCACCAAGCAGGUUGCUUCAAUCAUUCGACAUCAGACACACCUUGCGACACGGGUGAUGGUCGCUGCCCAAGAGCCAACAUUAUCUCCCAAACUUUUGGAGUUGUUUGACGUCACAAUUCUACAUCACUUUAACUCGCCAACCUGGUAUCGGACGCUCACUGAGCAGGUCGCUAGUGUUCGAUUGCACAGUGAGCAUAACGCAGAGCUCUUUCAGACGAUUGCUUCGUUGAAUACUGGUCGAGCCUUGAUUUUCUCGCCUCCGGGAAUCUUGGACGUCCACAAUGAUAUGGCCGUUAUCGUCAGAAAUGAUAUUGUCAAUCUGAAGAUCCGAUCUCGGCUCCCGACCGAUGGCGGUGAGAGGCUCUUGUCAGUUGGCAUGGCAUCAUCGGCUGCAGAUGAGGUCUCAGCACGAGAUACAGUAGCGAGGCCUGCUGCUCCCACCUGUACCGCAGAAAGCAAGUCUUCGCAGAAUAAGACUGGGUCGAUGCCUUCUCAAGAAAAUAUCCUCGCGGCGCUGCGAGACGCUACGGUGGCCUGUCUUGGUACUGACGCGAGGCCGACGCUGAACUAUCGCCGUAUACGUAGAGAAGCCGGGGCAGUUCUAGGGUUGGAUAGCAGGUACUGGAAGUCAUGCCCGAGGAAGGUGCAAAACCGCGCAAUUACGAAUGAAGUGCUUAAGUACAUGGAAGUUCAUAACCUCUCAACCUUCAACGGUAUCUCGAGGAGACCAGGGGAUGAAAUGGGAUGA